AUGCCGAACAUCAAGAUAUUUGCUGGUAGCUCUAAUGUCGAUCUGGCUAAGAGAAUAACCGACCACAUCGGUAUCAAACUUGGACAUGUCAACUCCAAGAAGUUCAGUAAUCAGGAAACAUGUGUUGAGGUUGCUGAGUCGGUUCGAGGUGAAGAUGUUUACAUUGUGCAGACAGGAAGCGGUGAAGUUAAUGAUAACUUGAUGGAGUUGCUCAUAAUGAUUAAUGCUUGUAAAAUUGCUUCUUCCUGUCGGGUCACCGCGGUGAUACCUUGCUUCCCGUAUGCUCGGCAAGACAAGAAGGACAAGUCCCGGGCCCCAAUUUCGGCAAAACUUGUUGCAAACAUGUUGUCAGUUGCCGGCGCUGAUCAUAUCGUGACAAUGGAUCUCCAUGCCAGUCAAAUUCAGGGCUUCUUUGACAUACCUGUAGACAAUCUGUAUGCCGAGCCAGCUGUCAUCAAGUGGAUUCAAAAAAACAUUGACGAUUGGCAAAAUUGUUGUGUCGUUAGUCCUGAUGCUGGUGGUGCUAAGAGAGUGACCUCACUAGCCGAUCAACUGAACGUAGAGUUCGCUCUAAUUCAUAAGGAGCGGAAACGCGCUAAUGAGGUCGAUCGAAUGGUUCUUGUUGGUGAUGUUAAAGGAAAGGUUGCCAUUCUUGUUGAUGACAUGGCCGAUACUUGCGGCACAAUUUGUACUGCCGCCGAUCGUUUGACUGAGGCUGGGGCUACUCGCAUCUAUGCGAUUUGUACUCAUGGUAUCUUCUCUGGUCCUGCUAUUGAUCGAAUCAACAAUUCUUGUUUCGAAGCCGUAGUUGUCACCAACACAAUUGACCAAAAGGAGAACAUGAAGAAGUGUCCCAAGCUCUACUGUAUCGACAUCAGUACUGUGCUAGCGGAAUCGAUUCGUCGCACCCACAAUGGGGAAUCAGUGUCCUACCUCUUUAAUCACUCGUCCAAAUUUUUCGAUCCUCAAGAGGCCAGAGAAACCUCGAGUGACUUAUUCAAACGGCUUCGGCAGUCGGCUCUGUUGGGUCAACCGCUGCUUCCCUUCCUUUUCCACAAUACUGACUUUGAGUCUGCUCUCCUUCAUCAAGGCACUGGUAGCGAUAAUCCUCAAGCAAGCACAUCUAAACCAUCGGCAGCCCUCUGGGAAGUUUGUUCCUCAGUCCCCUCUCCUUCAUCAAUUUUUUCCAUGAAGAGUCUUCAUACUGUUCAACGUCUGAUCUUAAAACAAUGGGCCCCCCGCGUGAUAAGUGGAGUGGACCUUCUGAAGGACUGCUUAGCUAAUCGAUGCUUUAUCUCAACGGGAUUUUCUCAGCUCGAUUCUCUUCUCAACGGUGGUUUAAUGACUGGCGAGAUAACCGAGGUUUUUGGAGCCUCAGCAGUCGGGAAGACCCUGAUCUGCCACAGUGCUGCAGCGGCUACCGUCAUUUCGUCACAUCUUUUUCAAUCCGGCUCUCCUCCAUCUGAAUCUUUGACGGAGGCUCGAGGUUCUACGGUCCUCUACCUCGACACCAAGGGCGAGUUUGAUGCCUCCCGAUUGCGAAGCAUCAUUCGCUCUAUGUUGAAAAAGAAGUGCCACUUGGAGGAUGUGAAUGAUCUUGAUCACUCCACCAAUCACUGCCUCUCCCGCGUUUGGCACCGCCUCGUUCCUGGGGUUCAAGGCUUAACGGAUGGAUUGGUGGAGACGCGUUUGUGGGUCGCCUCUGCGUCGUUGCAGGAGGCACCUUCUUACGGUGACCAGUCGAGCGCUGAGGAACUUAACUUCUACUCAAAACUUCGCUUAGUCAUCGUCGACUGCAUCACUGCGCCGUUCGCUCCCUUCAUUGGCGCAUUUCCCAACGAGACCAACUUCCACCUACAAUCAAUCGCUGCUGAGCUGAGACGUAUUUCCGCUGACCUUCAUAUUGCAGUUUUGGCAACCAACAACCUGCGCUAUGGAGUGGAGGCACCACGUGGCUGUUUGGGUGAGUACUGGGCCACGGUGCCACAUCUCUCUCUUUACGUACAUCUCUCCGAGCCAGACCUUUUUCCUCUUCGAGUCAUCGUUGCCAUAAGACGGAAUCUACGGUGUACCACUGUCGAGCCUUUCACGGUGGAGAACGAUGAAACACCGCUUGAUUCUUGCAAAAUUGACUUCUUGGAGGAGUGGAAGAGCGAGAACUCAUGA